AUGACUGAGGUCUUAAAUAGUUUACGUUUGGGCAAUCCACAUAUUACAAAAGAUGCAAAAUGUCAAAAUGUUGUUUUCACACCAGUCAUCAUAUUUUAUUAUCAAAAACGUCAAGUUGACACAACAGGGAACUCGAGUGGAAACUCUACACAAGGUGUACAGGCGAGUUCAGAUAUACAACUUGUGUCACCGAAUGCAACAGAACUUAAUGAGACAGAAUUCAACAACAUUCUCGUUACAGGAUACAAUCAAGCGAAUUCAAGCAGUGAAAUACAAUUAUUCAAUGUAGAAACUAACGUGGUUACACCAGAUUCCACAACAAUCGUCCAACUUACUCAGACCAGUAUACAAAUUCAAUUUGAAGAGUUCACUACCAACCAAGACGUCAUCAGCACAGAACCACACACUUCAACAGAAUUAUCCAAGCACUCGUCAUUGGGUCUCCAUUCCGAUUCCACAUCCAUUCCACCAACCACUGAUAUCAUCACUCAACCAACUCAGUAUCAACAAACCACAUCCACAUCACAACCGAUCGACACAACACCUACAAUACCCACUACGGAAUUCCAGUCGCCAGAAUCAACCACACUGCAAACACCACUCACAACACCAGUACAAACACCACCGACAACACCAAUGCAAACAGGUCUCCAUUCCGAUUCCACAUCCAUUCCACCAACCACUGAUAUCAUCACUCAACCAACUCAGUAUCAACAAACCACAUCCACAUCACAACCGAUCGACACAACACCUACAAUACCCACUACGGAAUUCCAGUCGCCAGAAUCAACCACACUGCAAACACCACUCACAACACCAGUACAAACACCACCGACAACACCAAUGCAAACAGGUCUCCAUUCCGAUUCCACAUCCAUUCCACCAACCACUGAUAUCAUCACUCAACCAACUCAGUAUCAACAAACCACAUCCACAUCACAACCGAUCGACACAACACCUACAAUACCCACUACGGAAUUCCAGUCGCCAGAAUCAACCACACUGCAAACACCACUCACAACACCAGUACAAACACCACCGACAACACCAAUGCAAACAGGUCUCCAUUCCGAUUCCACAUCCAUUCCACCAACCACUGAUAUCAUCACUCAACCAACUCAGUAUCAACAAACCACAUCCACAUCACAACCGAUCGACACAACACCUACAAUACCCACUACGGAAUUCCAGUCGCCAGAAUCAACCACACUGCAAACACCACUCACAACACCAGUACAAACACCACCGACAACACCAAUGCAAACAGGUCUCCAUUCCGAUUCCACAUCCAUUCCACCAACCACUGAUAUCAUCACUCAACCAACUCAGUAUCAACAAACCACAUACACAUCACAACCGAUCGACACAACACCUACAAUACCCACUACGGAAUUCCAGUCGCCAGAAUCAACCACACUGCAAACACCACUCACAACACCAGUACAAACACCACCGACAACACCAAUGCAAACAGGUCUCCAUUCCGAUUCCACAUCCAUUCCACCAACCACUGAUAUCAUCACUCAACCAACUCAGUAUCAACAAACCACAUCCACAUCACAACCGAUCGACACAACACCUACAAUACCCACUACGGAAUUCCAGUCGCCAGAAUCAACCACACUGCAAACACCACUCACAACACCAGUACAAACACCACCGACAACACCAAUGCAAACAGGUCUCCAUUCCGAUUCCACAUCCAUUCCACCAACCACUGAUAUCAUCACUCAACCAACUCAGUAUCAACAAACCACAUCCACAUCACAACCGAUCGACACAACACCUACAAUACCCACUACGGAAUUCCAGUCGCCAGAAUCAACCACACUGCAAACACCACUCACAACACCAGUACAAACACCACCGACAACACCAAUGCAAACAGGUCUCCAUUCCGAUUCCACAUCCAUUCCACCAACCACUGAUAUCAUCACUCAACCAACUCAGUAUCAACAAACCACAUACACAUCACAACCGAUCGACACAACACCUACAAUACCCACUACGGAAUUCCAGUCGCCAGAAUCAACCACACUGCAAACACCACUCACAACACCAGUACAAACACCACCGACAACACCAAUGCAAACAGGUCUCCAUUCCGAUUCCACAUCCAUUCCACCAACCACUGAUAUCAUCACUCAACCAACUCAGUAUCAACAAACCACAUCCACAUCACAACCGAUCGACACAACACCUACAAUACCCACUACGGAAUUCCAGUCGCCAGAAUCAACCACACUGCAAACACCACUCACAACACCAGUACAAACACCACCGACAACACCAAUGCAAACAGGUCUCCAUUCCGAUUCCACAUCCAUUCCACCAACCACUGAUAUCAUCACUCAACCAACUCAGUAUCAACAAACCACAUCCACAUCACAACCGAUCGACACAACACCUACAAUACCCACUACGGAAUUCCAGUCGCCAGAAUCAACCACACUGCAAACACCACUCACAACACCAGUACAAACACCACCGACAACACCAAUGCAAACAGGUCUCCAUUCCGAUUCCACAUCCAUUCCACCAACCACUGAUAUCAUCACUCAACCAACUCAGUAUCAACAAACCACAUCCACAUCACAACCGAUCGACACAACACCUACAAUGCCCACUACGGAAUUCCAGUCGCCAGAAUCAACCACACUGCAAACACCACUCACAACACCAGUACAAACACCACCGACAACACCAAUGCAAACAGGUGUCCAUUCCGAUUCCACAUCCAUUCCACCAACCACUGAUAUCAUCACUCAACCAACUCAGUAUCAACAAACCACAUCCACAUCACAACCGAUCGACACAACACCUACAAUACCCACUACGGAAUUCCAGUCGCCAGAAUCAACCACACUGCAAACACCACUCACAACACCAGUACAAACACCACCGACAACACCAAUGCAAACAGGUGUCCAUUCCGAUUCCACAUCCAUUCCACCAACCACUGAUAUCAUCACUCAACCAACUCAGUAUCAACAAACCACAUCCACAUCACAACCGAUCGACACAACACCUACAAUACCCACUACGGAAUUCCAGUCGCCAGAAUCAACCACACUGCAAACACCACUCACAACACCAGUACAAACACCACCGACAACACCAAUGCAAACAGGUGUCCAUUCCGAUUCCACAUCCAUUCCACCAACCACUGAUAUCAUCACUCAACCAACUCAGUAUCAACAAACCACAUCCACAUCACAACCGAUCGACACAACACCUACAAUACCCACUACGGAAUUCCAGUCGCCAGAAUCAACCACACUGCAAACACCACUCACAACACCAGUACAAACACCACCGACAACACCAAUGCAAACAGGUGUCCAUUCCGAUUCCACAUCCAUUCCACCAACCACUGAUAUCAUCACUCAACCAACUCAGUAUCAACAAACCACAUCCACAUCACAACCGAUCGACACAACACCUACAAUACCCACUACGGAAUUCCAGUCGCCAGAAUCAACCACACUGCAAACACCACUCACAACACCAGUACAAACACCACCGACAACACCAAUGCAAACAGGUGUCCAUUCCGAUUCCACAUCCAUUCCACCAACCACUGAUAUCAUCACUCAACCAACUCAGUAUCAACAAACCACAUCCACAUCACAACCGAUCGACACAACACCUACAAUACCCACUACGGAAUUCCAGUCGCCAGAAUCAACCACACUGCAAACACCACUCACAACACCAGUACAAACACCACCGACAACACCAAUGCAAACAGGUGUCCAUUCCGAUUCCACAUCCAUUCCACCAACCACUGAUAUCAUCACUCAACCAACUCAGUAUCAACAAACCACAUCCACAUCACAACCGAUCGACACAACACCUACAAUACCCACUACGGAAUUCCAGUCGCCAGAAUCAACCACACUGCAAACACCACUCACAACACCAGUACAAACACCACCGACAACACCAAUGCAAACAGGUCUCCAUUCCGAUUCCACAUCCAUUCCACCAACCACUGAUAUCAUCACUCAACCAACUCAGUAUCAACAAACCACAUCCACAUCACAACCGAUCGACACAACACCUACAAUACCCACUACGGAAUUCCAGUCGCCAGAAUCAACCACACUGCAAACACCACUCACAACACCAGUACAAACACCACUGACAACACCAAUGCAAACAGGUCUCCAUUCCGAUUCCACAUCCAUUCCACCAACCACUGAUAUCAUCACUCAACCAACUCAGUAUCAACAAACCACAUCCACAUCACAACCGAUCGACACAACACCUACAAUACCCACUACGGAAUUCCAGUCGCCAGAAUCAACCACACUGCAAACACCACUCACAACACCAGUACAAACACCACCGACAACACCAAUGCAAACAGGUCUCCAUUCCGAUUCCACAUCCAUUCCACCAACCACUGAUAUCAUCACUCAACCAACUCAGUAUCAACAAACCACAUCCACAUCACAACCGAUCGACACAACACCUACAAUACCCACUACGGAAUUCCAGUCGCCAGAAUCAACCACACUGCAAACACCACUCACAACACCAGUACAAACACCACCGACAACACCAAUGCAAACAGGUCUCCAUUCCGAUUCCACAUCCAUUCCACCAACCACUGAUAUCAUCACUCAACCAACUCAGUAUCAACAAACCACAUCCACAUCACAACCGAUCGACACAACACCUACAAUACCCACUACGGAAUUCCAGUCGCCAGAAUCAACCACACUGCAAACACCACUCACAACACCAGUACAAACACCACCGACAACACCAAUGCAAACAGGUCUCCAUUCCGAUUCCACAUCCAUUCCACCAACCACUGAUAUCAUCACUCAACCAACUCAGUAUCAACAAACCACAUCCACAUCACAACCGAUCGACACAACACCUACAAUACCCACUACGGAAUUCCAGUCGCCAGAAUCAACCACACUGCAAACACCACUCACAACACCAGUACAAACACCACUGACAACACCAAUGCAAACAGGUCUCCAUUCCGAUUCCACAUCCAUUCCACCAACCACUGAUAUCAUCACUCAACCAACUCAGUAUCAACAAACCACAUCCACAUCACAACCGAUCGACACAACACCUACAAUACCCACUACGGAAUUCCAGUCGCCAGAAUCAACCACACUGCAAACACCACUCACAACACCAGUACAAACACCACCGACAACACCAAUGCAAACAGGUCUCCAUUCCGAUUCCACAUCCAUUCCACCAACCACUGAUAUCAUCACUCAACCAACUCAGUAUCAACAAACCACAUCCACAUCACAACCGAUCGACACAACACCUACAAUACCCACUACGGAAUUCCAGUCGCCAGAAUCAACCACACUGCAAACACCACUCACAACACCAGUACAAACACCACUGACAACACCAAUGCAAACAGGUCUCCAUUCCGAUUCCACAUCCAUUCCACCAACCACUGAUAUCAUCACUCAACCAACUCAGUAUCAACAAACCACAUCCACAUCACAACCGAUCGACACAACACCUACAAUACCCACUACGGAAUUCCAGUCGCCAGAAUCAACCACACUGCAAACACCACUCACAACACCAGUACAAACACCACCGACAACACCAAUGCAAACAGGUCUCCAUUCCGAUUCCACAUCCAUUCCACCAACCACUGAUAUCAUCACUCAACCAACUCAGUAUCAACAAACCACAUCCACAUCACAACCGAUCGACACAACACCUACAAUACCCACUACGGAAUUCCAGUCGCCAGAAUCAACCACACUGCAAACACCACUCACAACACCAGUACAAACACCACUGACAACACCAAUGCAAACAGGUCUCCAUUCCGAUUCCACAUCCAUUCCACCAACCACUGAUAUCAUCACUCAACCAACUCAGUAUCAACAAACCACAUCCACAUCACAACCGAUCGACACAACACCUACAAUACCCACUACGGAAUUCCAGUCGCCAGAAUCAACCACACUGCAAACACCACUCACAACACCAGUACAAACACCACCGACAACACCAAUGCAAACAGGUCUCCAUUCCGAUUCCACAUCCAUUCCACCAACCACUGAUAUCAUCACUCAACCAACUCAGUAUCAACAAACCACAUCCACAUCACAACCGAUCGACACAACACCUACAAUACCCACUACGGAAUUCCAGUCGCCAGAAUCAACCACACUGCAAACACCACUCACAACACCAGUACAAACACCACUGACAACACCAAUGCAAACAGGUCUCCAUUCCGAUUCCACAUCCAUUCCACCAACCACUGAUAUCAUCACUCAACCAACUCAGUAUCAACAAACCACAUCCACAUCACAACCGAUCGACACAACACCUACAAUACCCACUACGGAAUUCCAGUCGCCAGAAUCAACCACACUGCAAACACCAUUCACAACACCAGUACAAACACCACCGACAACACCAAUGCAAACAGGUGUCCAUUCCGAUUCCACAUCCAUUCCACCAACCACUGAUAUCAUCACUCAACCAACUCAGUAUCAACAAACCACAUCCACAUCACAACCGAUCGACACAACACCUACAAUACCCACUACGGAAUUCCAGUCGCCAGAAUCAACCACACUGCAAACACCACUCACAACACCAGUACAAACACCACUGACAACACCAAUGCAAACAGGUGUCCAUUCCGAUUCCACAUCCAUUCCACCAACCACUGAUAUCAUCACUCAACCAACUCAGUAUCAACAAACCACAUCCACAUCACAACCGAUCGACACAACACCUACAAUACCCACUACGGAAUUCCAGUCGCCAGAAUCAACCACACUGCAAACACCACUCACAACACCAGUACAAACACCACCGACAACACCAAUGCAAACAGGUGUCCAUUCCGAUUCCACAUCCAUUCCACCAACCACUGAUAUCAUCACUCAACCAACUCAGUAUCAACAAACCACAUCCACAUCACAACCGAUCGACACAACACCUACAAUACCCACUACGGAAUUCCAGUCGCCAGAAUCAACCACACUGCAAACACCACUCACAACACCAGUACAAACACCACCGACAACACCAAUGCAAACAGGUCUCCAUUCCGAUUCCACAUCCAUUCCACCAACCACUGAUAUCAUCACUCAACCAACUCAGUAUCAACAAACCACAUCCACAUCACAACCGAUCGACACAACACCUACAAUACCCACUACGGAAUUCCAGUCGCCAGAAUCAACCACACUGCAAACACCACUCACAACACCAGUACAAACACCACUGACAACACCAAUGCAAACAGGUCUCCAUUCCGAUUCCACAUCCAUUCCACCAACCACUGAUAUCAUCACUCAACCAACUCAGUAUCAACAAACCACAUCCACAUCACAACCGAUCGACACAACACCUACAAUACCCACUACGGAAUUCCAGUCGCCAGAAUCAACCACACUGCAAACACCACUCACAACACCAGUACAAACACCACCGACAACACCAAUGCAAACAGGUCUCCAUUCCGAUUCCACAUCCAUUCCACCAACCACUGAUAUCAUCACUCAACCAACUCAGUAUCAACAAACCACAUCCACAUCACAACCGAUCGACACAACACCUACAAUACCCACUACGGAAUUCCAGUCGCCAGAAUCAACCACACUGCAAACACCACUCACAACACCAGUACAAACACCACCGACAACACCAAUGCAAACAGGUCUCCAUUCCGAUUCCACAUCCAUUCCACCAACCACUGAUAUCAUCACUCAACCAACUCAGUAUCAACAAACCACAUCCACAUCACAACCGAUCGACACAACACCUACAAUACCCACUACGGAAUUCCAGUCGCCAGAAUCAACCACACUGCAAACACCACUCACAACACCAGUACAAACACCACCGACAACACCAAUGCAAACAGGUCUCCAUUCCGAUUCCACAUCCAUUCCACCAACCACUGAUAUCAUCACUCAACCAACUCAGUAUCAACAAACCACAUCCACAUCACAACCGAUCGACACAACACCUACAAUACCCACUACGGAAUUCCAGUCGCCAGAAUCAACCACACUGCAAACACCACUCACAACACCAGUACAAACACCACCGACAACACCAAUGCAAACAGGUCUCCAUUCCGAUUCCACAUCCAUUCCACCAACCACUGAUAUCAUCACUCAACCAACUCAGUAUCAACAAACCACAUCCACAUCACAACCGAUCGACACAACACCUACAAUACCCACUACGGAAUUCCAGUCGCCAGAAUCAACCACACUGCAAACACCACUCACAACACCAGUACAAACACCACCGACAACACCAAUGCAAACAGGUCUCCAUUCCGAUUCCACAUCCAUUCCACCAACCACUGAUAUCAUCACUCAACCAACUCAGUAUCAACAAACCACAUCCACAUCACAACCGAUCGACACAACACCUACAAUACCCACUACGGAAUUCCAGUCGCCAGAAUCAACCACACUGCAAACACCACUCACAACACCAGUACAAACACCACCGACAACACCAAUGCAAACAGGUCUCCAUUCCGAUUCCACAUCCAUUCCACCAACCACUGAUAUCAUCACUCAACCAACUCAGUAUCAACAAACCACAUCCACAUCACAACCGAUCGACACAACACCUACAAUACCCACUACGGAAUUCCAGUCGCCAGAAUCAACCACACUGCAAACACCACUCACAACACCAGUACAAACACCACCGACAACACCAAUGCAAACAGGUCUCCAUUCCGAUUCCACAUCCAUUCCACCAACCACUGAUAUCAUCACUCAACCAACUCAGUAUCAACAAACCACAUCCACAUCACAACCGAUCGACACAACACCUACAAUACCCACUACGGAAUUCCAGUCGCCAGAAUCAACCACACUGCAAACACCACUCACAACACCAGUACAAACACCACCGACAACACCAAUGCAAACAGGUCUCCAUUCCGAUUCCACAUCCAUUCCACCAACCACUGAUAUCAUCACUCAACCAACUCAGUAUCAACAAACCACAUCCACAUCACAGCCGAUCGACACAACACCUACAAUACCCACUACGGAAUUCCAGUCGCCAGAAUCAACCACACUGCAAACACCACUCACAACACCAGUACAAACACCACCGACAACACCAAUGCAAACAGGUGUCCAUUCCGAUUCCACAUCCAUUCCACCAACCACUGAUAUCAUCACUCAACCAACUCAGUAUCAACAAACCACAUCCACAUCACAACCGAUCGACACAACACCUACAAUACCCACUACGGAAUUCCAGUCGCCAGAAUCAACCACACUGCAAACACCACUCACAACACCAGUACAAACACCACCGACAACACCAAUGCAAACAGGUGUCCAUUCCGAUUCCACAUCCAUUCCACCAACCACUGAUAUCAUCACUCAACCAACUCAGUAUCAACAAACCACAUCCACAUCACAACCGAUCGACACAACACCUACAAUACCCACUACGGAAUUCCAGUCGCCAGAAUCAACCACACUGCAAACACCAUUCACAACACCAAUGCAAACAGGUCUCCAUUCCGAUUCCACAUCCAUUCCACCAACCACUGAUAUCAUCACUCAACCAACUCAGUAUCAACAAACCACAUCCACAUCACAACCGAUCGACACAACACCUACAAUACCCACUACGGAAUUCCAGUCGCCAGAAUCAACCACACUGCAAACACCAUUCACAACACCAGUACAAACACCACUGACAACACCAAUGCAAACAGGUGUCCAUUCCGAUUCCACAUCCAUUCCACCAACCACUGAUAUCAUCACUCAACCAACUCAGUAUCAACAAACCACAUCCACAUCACAACCGAUCGACACAACACCUACAAUACCCACUACGGAAUUCCAGUCGCCAGAAUCAACCACACUGCAAACACCAUUCACAACACCAGUACAAACACCACUGACAACACCAAUGCAAACAGGUCUCCAUUCCGAUUCCACAUCCAUUCCACCAACCACUGGGAUCAUCACUCAACCAACUCAGUAUCAACAAACCACAUCCACAUCACAACCGAUCGACACAACACCUACAAUACCCACUACGGAAUUCCAGUCGCCAGAAUCAACCACACUGCAAACACCAUUCACAACACCAGUACAAACACCACUGACAACACCAAUGCAAACAGGUCUCCAUUCCGAUUCCACAUCCAUUCCACCAACCACUGAUAUCAUCACUCAACCAACUCAGUAUCAACAAACCACAUCCACAUCACAACCGAUCGACACAACACCUACAAUACCCACUACGGAAUUCCAGUCGCCAGAAUCAACCACACUGCAAACACCAUUCACAACACCAGUACAAACACCACUGACAACACCAAUGCAAACAGGUGUCCAUUCCGAUUCCACAUCCAUUCCACCAACCACUGAUAUCAUCACUCAACCAACUCAGUAUCAACAAACCACAUCCACAUCACAACCGAUCGACACAACACCUACAAUACCCACUACGGAAUUCCAGUCGCCAGAAUCAACCACACUGCAAACACCAUUCACAACACCAGUACAAACACCACUGACAACACCAAUGCAAACAGGUCUCCAUUCCGAUUCCACAUCCAUUCCACCAACCACUGAUAUCAUCACUCAACCAACUCAGUAUCAACAAACCACAUCCACAUCACAACCGAUCGACACAACACCUACAAUACCCACUACGGAAUUCCAGUCGCCAGAAUCAACCACACUGCAAACACCACUCACAACACCAGUACAAACACCACCGACAACACCAAUGCAAACAGGUCUCCAUUCCGAUUCCACAUCCAUUCCACCAACCACUGAUAUCAUCACUCAACCAACUCAGUAUCAACAAACCACAUCCACAUCACAACCGAUCGACACAACACCUACAAUACCCACUACGGAAUUCCAGUCGCCAGAAUCAACCACACUGCAAACACCACUCACAACACCAGUACAAACACCACCGACAACACCAAUGCAAACAGGUCUCCAUUCCGAUUCCACAUCCAUUCCACCAACCACUGAUAUCAUCACUCAACCAACUCAGUAUCAACAAACCACAUCCACAUCACAACCGAUCGACACAACACCUACAAUACCCACUACGGAAUUCCAGUCGCCAGAAUCAACCACACUGCAAACACCACUCACAACACCAGUACAAACACCACCGACAACACCAAUGCAAACAGCAAUCUUUAGAGUUCAAGGAACAAUUUAUACUGGUGACAAUUCAGUUUCAUAUCCUUGGUCAUUAGAUUUAACAAAUUCAUCAACAAUAGCAUAUAUAACAUUGAAAAUGAAACUUUGCACCUUCAUUAAUGAAAGUUUAAUGAGAAAUUAUUCGAAUCUAAUUAAAACUACAAAAUGUUUCAAUGUAAUCUUCUAUCCAAUAAAUGUGAAUAGUUUACUAAAACGACAAAUUAUUAAUACAAGUAUCAUUCAAGGUGUUCAAGCCAGUGCUGAUAUUGAAUUAUUAUUUAUAAAUUCUAUGAAUAUAAAUGAAAGUCUAUUUGUUACUGCUUUAUUAUAUCAUGGAUUGAAUAUUAAUAGAACUUUGAAUAUCUAUUUUUUGAAUAUAGAAAUUAAUCUUAUCAUUGAUGAAACUACAAUAAUUACCGAAAUGUCAACGAGUAAAUUCACAGAAAUUCAUCAAGAUAUUUCCUCAGUAACAAUAUCAACUCCAACAUUUAUACCAUUGGUUACCAGUCCAGUAUAUGACUUCAUUAGUGAUGGUUUGUCUUUUAAACCUUUUGAAAAUACUAUACCUCCAUUAUAUGACACACCUACUAUAGGACAACUCAAAGCAUAUAUCAUCAUAGCAGAAUCAUUGAAACCAAUGGAAUGGUUAAAUGAUUUAAAUAUACCUACAAGUGCAUAUUAUUUAAAUUUAACAUCAACUGUUCAAUAUCUGGUUGAUAGUAGUGCGCGACUAGCGGAUAUACAAAUUUCAUACUAUUUCAAAAUUCUGGACGUCAUGUUCCAAAAGGUUUUGCUUCGACUUGAAUUAACCUACUCCGGUAAUAAUACUCAAACAUACACAGAAAAAAGCGAUUUGAUCAACGGUAUUUUAAUGAUAAUGACAGUGGAAAUGAGAUCAUUUGAAGCUUCAUUAUUAUCCGAUGAGGAAAUAACGCGGAUUUUCACUGAAGGAUGGAAAAAGUUGAAUGUCAAGAAAGGACCAUUUCUGGUGGACAUUAGGUUUACUCGUUCACCAACAAGCAUGUCAACUUCGACUAGCAGUCGUCAACAGACAGACAGAAGUGUCUCAACAGAAUUAGCGCAACCGAUUAGGACAACGGAGAUGGUGACGGUGAAGUCAACACCGACUGUGAAGAUGACGAGCCCAUUAUCAACUACUACGUCAGAUGCUUUCGGUUCACCAACAAGCAUGUCAACUUCGACUAGCAGUCGUCAACAGACAGACAGAAGUGUCUCAACAGAAUUAGCGCAACCGAUUAGGACAACGGAGAUGGUGACGGUGAAGUCAACACCGACUGUGAAGAUGACGAGCCCAUCAUCAACUACUACGUCAGAUGCUUUCGAAUCGUCUAGUUCAAUAACACUGAUUACACAUAGAUCUACUUCAUCUGAAUAUAAAGAAACGAACACAGAAAUCAGAAUAACUUUGCCUGCUUCAACAGUUCCAUUAGUUCAUAAUCGAACUGAUGAUCAAUUUCCGCGAAUACACUCCACAACUACUAUACAACCACAAGUUGAUUAUGCAAUUCUAUGUCAAAUCGAUGGAAUGAUUUAUUUUUCAAAUUCGUUUCAACCAAUGGAAUGGUUAGAUGAGUUAACGAAUAAUUCAAGUGAAAUUUAUCAGAAUUUUUCAUUAGAUAUAAAAAAUCAAGUCAACAAUGUUAUCCAAAUAUUAGGUUUACAAGAUUAUUUAUCUCUCAACAUUCUUAAUAUUAAAUUUACCAAAAUACCAAGUAUACCUGACAAUAAUACUAAUCUUAAAAAUUCCACUAUCACAUCGAAUAUCAGUAACCAGAUCUCAGUAACAAUAACAUUACAAAUGAGAUUUAUAAUACCAGUAAUAUUUACAGACAAUGCUAUGACAGAGACUUUAAAGGAAACAUGGAUGCAUUUAACAAUAGAAUCAAAAUUCUAUUUAACUGAUAUACGAUUUUCACGAAUAUCAACUGAUCACAUAACCGUUCAAACAUCACCAAUAAAUCAAACAACUAUGUUACCUUUGAUAAGAACAACUGAUAGUACAUUAGACAAUUUCAAAGGUAGAUUAUGA